AUGGUUCUCAAAAACCUCUUGACUGCCGCAGUUGCGGUUUCCUCACUUUUACAUUCUGCUACUGCUAUUCUGAAUCUCCAAUCUAGGACAAACCUUGUUGCUUACUAUGGUCAAGCACCCAACCAACCGCGCUUACGUCAUAUCUGUGCAAAUGACAGAUUUACGAAUGUCAUUGUUUUGGGAUUCGUCAAUGUCUUCCCGGAACGAGGCAAAGGAGGCUACCCAGGAACCAAUUUUGGGAAUCAGUGCUCUGCCGAAGUGUUCAAGAAUAAGGACGGUGUCGAGACACAAUUGUUAAGCGGUUGUCAAAACCUUAUAGAAGACAUUCCAGUAUGCCAGGAAAUUGGAAUAAAAGUCUUGCUUUCAUUAGGAGGAGGUGUGGGGAACUAUACAGUUACAAACAAGAGAGCUGGAGAGAAAUUUGCCGAUUUCCUUUGGGGUGCUUUUGGUCCCAAAACGCCAGAAUGGGGCAACGGGCCUCGCCCCUUUGGUGAUGUUGUUGUUGACGGAUUUGAUUUUGAUAUCGAGCACAACGAAUCGUUCGGUAAGAAUGUUAUCGCUCUAUCAAUAGAGGGUUGA